AUGGACGAUCACUGGACCGUCCACCGUCAUCUGGCCAGCCGGCUCCCCCGUCGUCGGCGACCAAACCCACCGCCAGCCGCGUCCAUCAAUACUCGCUUCCCUCAGACGGCGUCAACUGUUACAUAUAUCCUUGUUACAGCAACUGCCCCUUCCUUAUCCGCCGUCUCUGAAGGCCAACCAACCGAUAUGGUUUAUGACCGCAACGCACAAGAGCAACGUGUCCAGCAUGGCAGUGUCCGCGACUUCCCGCAGCGCCCUUCCCAAUGUGCCAACGAUGCCCAUCAGGAAGCCGACUACCCACAAUGCUCUCGUCAGAAGAGCUCCCGUCAGGAAGACACUGGCGAGCAAGACUGCCGCAAGAGAGUCGACCUCCGGCAAGCCAGCUGCCAACAAGAAGCCAACAAGUACGGAUUCUGGCAGCACUCCCUCUACGAGCACGACCUCCAAAGGCUCCAACAGCUCGUUGUUCGCACGCCAGAGUCUUCGUUGCUCUCUGCCAUCAACGCCAAACGUGCCCACGACUUGGCUACUGUGCUCAAUAUGGACAAUCCUGAUCCGUCAUCUCUCUGCUUGAAAUGUCCUGCCCCGUCGUGUCGGACAACCUUUUCAGAGACUACCACUUAUCGAGGCUUCGAAGAACACACGCGCCGGCACAACCUCGAGUUCUUUCGCAUUGACCUUCACGUCUGUCCCUUUGGCUGUCAACUUGGGUUUUUUGACACCAUACAGCAGUACAUACAUAUUGACAGCUGCCCACGUACAUCGACUGUCGACCCUAACGCUUCGCCGCCUAAGUUUAUCUACAACGAUUGCGCAUGCCAUACGCUCGUCGGCCCAUCCUCCUUUCCUGAUCGUUGGUCUCAGGUACAUGCUAGAUACGCAUACUAUGAUCCGAACGUCCCUUUGAAAGACGAUGUUUGCGGAUACAGCUGGCUAGACAGUGUCACGUUCUUGCGACACGUUUCCGGUUCCGAUCCUAGUUCGCCACAGCAUGUCGAAACACUCCUUCACCAGCACGACCCAUCAUCAUUCAUCGUCUAUCAACAUACAAACGACAUCCUCCGAUCUUCUGUCCUUUGCCCAGAACCCGAAGUUCACUACGAUCUGCAAGCUCUUGAGGGCCGCUUCAUAACACAACAAGAUUUCCAGAUCCUCGGGAUGCAGCAACUUGCAAAGUCCCAAAUCAUCUAUUCAAUCAUGCAAGGCCUAUGCCCUGUCCUUGUCCCGAUGAGCGUGAAUGCUAUGUCCCAGGAUUGGGAGAGGCUUUGCCUCUAUACGUACAAAUUCAACAUCGAAUAUGGACCACUCAACGUUUGGCUCCGCAUCUCACAGGAAGAAGCCGAAGACAUCGGCAAAUAUACGUCUACGGGUUCUUUGUCCAGCACCACUCGUCAAUGGACGUAUUGGCUUCUAUAUCUCUACUGA